UUGACGAAAGAGUUUGGCAUGACCUACGAGGAGUUCUACAUGGUCCUCACAGACACUGACAUGAGAGUCAAGCAAUCCUAUGAGGUUCCCAUUGCCAUGAAGGCUGUAUUUAACUACAUCGACACCUUCUCCUCCCGAAUCCGAGAGAUGGAGCAGCAGAAGAGAGAUGGAGUGGUCUGUAAGAAGGAAGACAAGCCCAGAUCUUUGAAAAACUUUCUCUCCAGGUUCCGAUGGAGACGUCGCCUGUUCAUCAUCUCCGCUCCCAACGACAAGGAGUGGGCCUAUCAGCAGCAGCUCUACGCCCUAAACAGCCAAGCCUGCAAUCUGGGAAACUUUUCAGCCGGCCAGUUAGUCAACUUUUCCACAGUAACUUGA